AUGUGGCCCUACUUAAGCACACGUGCUCUUCUUCUCAUAGCAAUUGUUAACCUGAGUCCAGCGACUGACGCAGCAUGGAGUGAAAAUGAUGCCACUGGAGAAGACGUCUAUCCCCCUCUGUGGGACCUUGCCCCUGAAAACCUGCUGGAUUUCCAAGUAAAGGACAACAAGACUAUCAUCAAUCCUUGGAACUAUCAAGAACGACUAGGAGUGUAUAAGAACUUGUUAAAUGCUUCAGCCAAAUAUUUUACCGCCUUUGGAUCCCAAAAUUUUGGCAAUAUUCUCUGGGGAUUGCCGUUGCAGCAUGGGUGGCAAUUUCGUACAGGCAGAUUAGCAGAUCCUUCCAGUGUGACUUCCUGUGGCUAUGAAGAUGGAGACCUCCUGUGCAUAUCUGUAAGAAGCUGGUGGUCCU